AUGGCUGGAGACGAUAUCUUUUCUGAAACUCCCAAUGGUGGCAGCGGCACCUCCUCUGAUGAAUCUGCAAAUCCGCUAUUCCUUCAUCAUUCAGACCAUCCCGAUCUCAUCCUUGUCUCCAAGAAAUUGACAGGAGACAAUUACAACUCAUGGUGUCGCGCCAUGAGGAUCUUUUUGAGUGCAAAGAAUAAGACCAGAUUCAUCACUGGUGCAAUCAAAGAACCAUCUGCAAUCAAGAAACCAGAGGAGCAUGCUCUAUGGCAGCGAUGCAACGACAUGGUCUUGUCCUGGAUUCUCAAUUCUCUUGAACCAGACCUUGCUGAUUCGGUCCUCUCCUGCACAACACCUCGUGCAAUUUGGGAAGACCUCAGGGAACGCUUCGCCUUGGGAAACGCCCCACUUAUCUUCCAGGCCUAUGCUUCAGUAACUCAGGAAGAGAAGCAGCUAGAACUUGGUGUUGCUGCCCUUGCUCCAUCUAAUGCAGUAGUAAUGGCCAUUCGUAACAAUCCCAGGCCAGGAUUGAUACCUCGUUACAAUCCUGGCAAUCAAGGCAGCAGUUCUCGCAAUCGCACUCCAGUUCAAUGCACCUAUUGUAACAAAUUUUAUCAUACUGAGGAGACUUGUCAUAGGAAACAUGGCUUUCCACCUGGUCAUCGGCUCUAUAAACGCAAUCCACAACAAGGAAAUCGACCUCCACCACACAAUGAUGCCUCUGCUAAUCAUGUUGAUUGCACACCUUCAUUUAAGGAGCUGCAAGUGACACUUCCCAACCUGACUGAAGAUCAAUACACUCAGGUUAUUGCUGCAUUGAAUCCGAAGCCACCAACUCCUCAGGCUAAUGCUGCUUCUGCUAUAGAGUUUGCUUUAGGUUUGUCUAUGGUGGAUCCUAAUCGAUGGAUAAUCAAUAGUGGAGCAACUCACCACAUUAUUAAUGCACCACAUCUUUUUACUAGCCACAUGAAUGCAUCUUUUCCUUCUGUAUCUUUGCCUAGUGGAGCCAAGGCAAACAUCACUAUUAAUAAUGCAGUUUUGCGGGAUGAUUUGGCUACGAGGAUGAUGAUUGGUGUGGGUAAGCGAAGUGGAAAUUUAUAUUAUCUUGUGGCGUUGUCUUCCUCCAUUCCUACCACACAUCUCUUUGUCGGUCACAUCACCAUACCAUCUGAUCUCUGGCAUCGCCGCUUGGGACACCCCUCUCCUGCUCGUUUACAAUUUCUAGCCAAGAAUUCUCUUUCUUUUGAUUUUGAUUCUAGUCAUAAAUGUACGAAAGCAUAUAAGUUAUAUAAUCUUGAAACCAAAAAGAUUUUUGCAAAUCGUGAUGUUAUUUUUUUGGAGGAUACUUUCCAUUUUCAAUCCUCUUCUCAAGGGAUUUCGUCAUCUUCUCCUCCUUCCUUCUCGCUUCCUGUUCCUAUCCUUGAUAGCACCAUCUCACACCGCCCACCUCCACCACCUCCAUCUCUAGAACCUGCGUCGCCCAGGAUUGAUACCUCGUUGCAAUCCCAGCCCAGGAUUGAUACCUCGUCGCAAUCCCCGCCCAGGAUUGAUACCUCAUCGCAAUCCCAGCCCAGGAUUGAUACCUCAUUACAAUCCUCCAGCUCCCCUCCUUCCUCUCAUCUUUUGUUCGACACGGAUACUGCUGUCCUCCACCCUAUUGACUAA